CCGCUCCAUCAUCCGGGACCGGGGUCCCAUGUACGACGACCCCACGCUGCCCGAGGGCUGGACCCGCAAGCUGAAGCAGAGGAAAUCGGGUCGCUCUGCCGGCAAAUACGACGUCUACCUGAUCAACCCGCAGGGAAAAGCCUUCCGCUCCAAGGUGGAGCUGAUCGCCUACUUCGAAAAGGUAGGAGACACCUCCCUGGACCCCAACGACUUCGACUUCACCGUCACCGGCCGGGGCAGCCCCUCCCGGCGGGAGCAGCGACCCCCCAAGAAGCCCAAAUCCCCCAAGGGCCCCGGGACGGGCCGGGGCCGGGGCCGCCCCAAGGGCAGCGGGGCGGCCAAGCCCAAGACGGCGGCGUCGGAGGGCGUGCAGGUGAAGCGGGUGAUCGAGAAGAGCUCCGGCAAGCUGCUGGUGAAGAUGCCCUUCCAGCCGGGGCAGCCGGGGGUCCGCGCCGAGGCGGGGACGGCCACCACCUCGGCCCAGGUCCUGGCCGUCAAACGUCCCGGGCGGAAGCGGAAAUCGGAGCCGGAUAGCCAGGCCGUCCCCAAAAAACGGGGGCGGAAGCCGGCGGGGGCGACGGGGACGGGCAGCCCGGUGGGAGCCGCGCCGGAGGCCAAGAAGAAGGCGGCCGCCCCGCCGGCGGUGCAGGAGACGGUGCUGCCCAUCAAGAAGCGGAAGACGCGGGAGACGGUGGUCCUGGAGGCGCGGGAGGCCGCUAAGCCCCCCCCGCCGCCCCCUGAGCGCGGCCCCAAGGGACCCAGGAGCGCCCGCAGCCCCGGCCGCCGCAGCAAGGAGGGCAGCCCCAAGGGCCGCGGCGCCGCGCCGGCACCGCCGCCGCCCGCGCCGCCCGGCAAGAGGGAGCGGGGGGCUUCGCCGCCGCCCCCCCCGCCGCCGCCGCCGCCCCCCGAGCCCCCCGCCAGCCCCAAGGACAGCGCCAGCCCCCCCCCGCCGGCUCAGGACUUCAGCGGGAAGGGCUGCUCGGAGGAACGGGGCGGCCCGGCGGCCCCCGACGGCUGCGCCAAGGAGCCGGCUAAGACUCACCCCCCGCCGCCGCCGCCCCCGCCGCCCUACAAACACCGAGGGGAGGCCGAGCACAAAGACACUGCCUCCUCCUCCUUGCCGCGGCCCCCCGGCCGGGAAGAGGCGGUCGACACCAGGACGCCUGUCCCCGAGCGGGUCAGCUGA